AUGACUCCUGCACCCAAGCGACAGAAGCGUGCGGAUUACCGUACUGCACGCCAGCAGGAUGAGACUCCCUUGGAGAUGCCCAAGAAGAAGUUCUACCGCCAGAGAGCUCACGCAAAUCCCUUCUCCGACCAUCAACUAGAAUACCCUGCAUGCCCGGAACAGAUGGAUUGGUCGACAUAUUUUCCAGCAUAUGCAGCAGACUCAGAAGAGCUCCCUGACGCAGCUGCCAGUGCCGAGGAAAAUGCUCCCGUCAGAACAGGUUCAAAGAAAAUGAAGCAAGACGUCGAGAUCAUUGACAUAGGUUGUGGCUUUGGAGGUUUGCUCGUCUCCAUGGCACCGGUUGUGCCAGACUCCUUAAUGCUUGGUUUGGAAAUCCGUACCCAAGUCACCGAGUAUGUCCAGGAACGAAUCCGAGCACUUCGCGUUCAGGAAGCGGAAUCAGGCAAAUAUCAAAACAUCGGCUGUUUUCGAGCCAACACCAUGAAAUUUCUGCCAAAUUUCUUCAAAAAGGCCCAGCUGUCCAAGAUCUUCAUCUGCUUCCCGGACCCACAUUUCAAGGCUAAAAAACACAAGGCGAGGAUUGUGUCGACGACUUUGAAUUCAGAAUAUGCCUAUGUACUUCGCCCCGGGGGCAUCGUCUACACAAUCACGGACGUUGAGGACUUGCACAACUGGAUGGUUCAUCAUUUGAAUGCCCAUCCAUCUUUUGAAAGGGUCACUGAAGAAGAGCAAGAAGCAGACCCGUGUGUGGACAUCAUGAGAAAUGCGACUGAAGAGGGCAAGAAGGUGGAAAGAAACAAGGGUCAAAAGUUCGUUGCAUUGUUCCGACGCCUACCGGAUCCCGCAUGGUGA